AAACAGUUUUGUGAUUCCAAAUUUUACUUACAGGCUAGUUUUUGUUAAUUGUUGUGCUAUAUUUUCUACAAAAGACUGCUGAAGAAUGAACGCUGUAUCACAUGUGGCUAAAAUGUAUUCACACCCCAACUGAUAGUCUCAAUGUAAACGUGUUGUGAUGGUCAUUGCCUACAUUAGAAAUUUAAUACGUAAAGUCAUACAAAGAGGAAUGGAUCACGAACAUAGCGCUCUGUACCCGCCUGCUGCAGUGCGUGGCAUGAAAGUGUUGGAUAGGAGCGCAUUUGAACAAGAAGUCACCCUUCCAGCAUUACUUGUGCCUGUACAAUCUCUAAGGAACUGCCGUAAAAUGAUGAAAAGCAAACUUGUUAAUUUAAGUAUCAACAAAAAAGUGGUUGACCCCCCUGCACACCUGGUGGGUGAAGAACUAACUGCUGGCCACAAACUAUUUCUGUUGAAACCAGGCACCACAAUGGAGACUUAUUCAUCGGACGAAAAACAAAUGUUAGGCAAACUUGGAGUAAAAGAUAAAAUAUAUGACUACAGGAUAACAUUGGGUUAUGAAAACUAUAAGCACUGGGACGUACUGCGAGCCAUUCUACCUGACAGUGAAAUGGCAGCAAGAGGAUUUUCUCAAGUUGGUCACAUUCUGCAUGUAAAUCUAAGGGAUCAUCAGUUACCUUACAAACACAUAAUUGGCCAGGUUCUUCUGGACAAGAUACAGACAGCGCGCACUGUGGUAAACAAGCACCAAAAUAUUGAUAACAAGUUUCGAAAUUUUGAAAUGGAGGUGAUAGCUGGGGAAAACAAUUUUGUUACAAGGAUUAUAGAACAUGGAAGGAAAUUCGAAUUUGAUUUUUCUAAGGUGUUUUGGAAUUCACGUUUAUCUACAGAACACCAGCGUAUAACCAAUUUUGUGUCUGAAAGUGAUGUUGUAUUUGACGUUUUUGCUGGAGUUGGACCUUUUGCCAUUCCAAUCGCUAAGAAGGGUUGUGUAGUUUACGCAAAUGAUUUGAAUCCUGAGUCAUAUAGAUGGUUGCUCCACAAUGUUGCAUUGAACAAAACCAAAGCCAAAUGUUUUAACUCUGACGGAAGGGAAUUUAUACAAACUGAAUUGCGAAAUUAUCUUCUUACUAGAAGUCCACACAAAGUUCAUGUUUUAAUGAACCUGCCUGCCAUUGCUGUAGAAUUUCUUGAUGUUUUUCGUGGCUUGCUUUGCAAUGGUGAUUGCCUUGCUGCUAAUGAUCUGUCCAAUGCUUCACACAAGAAACUGCUUUCUAUUCCAGAAGUAUGUGUUCAUUUGUACAUAUUCGCGCCAGAAAAAGAUGGAAUAGCUGACUUAAAAUCAAGAAUUAAGCAAAGUCUUGGCUGUGCACUGCCAGAGGACGCUGUUAUAUAUAAUGUUCGAAAUGUUGCCCCAAAGAAACAAAUGUACUGUGUCAGUUUUGUAUUAAGUCAGCAUUGGAUGGACCAGAAAGAGCAAGAUGUAUAUGAACCUGCACCAAAAAAAAUAAAAGAAUGCAUUAGCUGAUGUUAAAACUUGUGCUUUGCAAUUGGUCUAUUGCAGAAUUGUUUAGUUUCUUUGCAAUAAAUAUUUUACAAUCA